AUGCUUGCCAAUCUCCUCACUGUGGCCGGAGUGGAUCAUGUCAUCACUCUAGAUCUACAUGCAUCCCAGAUGCAAGGAUUCUUUGGCAAGCCGGUAGAUAACCUAUUUGCUGAGCCCUUCAUUGCCCGUUGGAUCCGGUUGAAUGUUCCAUACUGGAAGGAUGCUGUAGUGGUUAGCAAGAAUGCCGGUGGCACCAAGCGUGUCACCUCCUUGGCCGACACUCUGAAACUCAACUUCGGCAUCGUUACAACUGACAAGCGACGGCCUAAGGCCCAUCAUCAUCUAACUACGUCUGAUAGCGCCAUCUUUUUCGAUUCUGUUGAGAGCGAAACCCGCGGUCCGUCCAGAGACCAGGAGGAAUCUACGUCGUCACAUUGCGAAGAACAUGAGUCAUCAUUCGAGUCAGAAAAUGUGCUGCGACCGGAGACACCGCAGGGUGCUCGCCGUCCUUCUGAAAUGGAACAUCCAUAUACGGAUGUGCGUGCGAAGGACGUGAUCACUGGGCGUUUCGUGCAGGGACGUAUUGUCGAUGACGAUUAUCCUCUGGCGACCACCUCAGAGAUUAUGUCAGAAAGCGUGACUACUGUGGUCGGUGUCUACAGUAACAAUUCCGAAUCCGUUCCGGAUACUAUGGUAAACUCGUUCAUUUCAACUACUUCAUCCGUUCAGCCCGAACAUGCCUUGGGUGGCUCUGGAGAUGCGGCUGACUCUGAUGACGAAUCGCAUAACGGGUAUAAUGUUGAGCAGGAGAAGAUGAUUACUCUGGUAGGAGAGGUCCGGGACAGGACCGUUUUCAUCGUCGAUGAUAUGAUCGACAAGUCCGGAUCGUGGAUCGCUGCUGCAGAGACAGUUGUAAAGAGAGGCGGUGCCAACAAAGUCUACUGCAUUGCUACCCAUGGCCUCUUUGGGAACGACUCCCUCGAUCAAAUGGAAGCAUGCGAAUCUAUUGACUACAUCGUCGUAACUAAUACCUUUCCCAUCUCUCCUGAAAAGAUGAAGAGGUCAAAGAAGUUGAUUAUCAUUGAUAUAUCAAGCCUCGUUGCAGAAAGCAUGAGACGUCAUCACUACGGUGAAAGCGUCUCGGCAUUGUUCCAUCUUAAUGAUUAA